AUGACUGACGGUCUUGACUCGUCCAUGGUAGAGAGCCGAAUCUGCGGAGUCGGUAUCAACUUCAGAGCAGACAAGACUGGCGCGCUGUACGUCUCCUCCCUAGUAGAGAACGGUCCUGCAGACAAGACAGGGAAAGUUCGGCCUGGCGACGUCCUCUACGAGGUCGACGGGACAGUCGUUUACAGGAGCGGCCUGAGCCAGAUCUCCAAGCACCUGCUGGGAGGCGACGGGACCAUUGUGAUGGUCGGCUUCCUGCGAGAAGGGAAGAAAGUUUCAGUUGAGAUAGUUCGCAAGCCUGUUCAAGCUUUGAUGACUAUCAGGCACAUUCUCGAGGAUGAGGAAGGUCUGGAAUAG